GUAUCCCUGCGCCGCUGCGUGAGGGGAAGAGGCUGAAUGAGGCGCCGCGCGGGGGAAGCGGGGCGCCGGGGGAGGAGGCGGCGGGAUGGAAGCAGCAGACGCUGGCGUCGCGCGAGCCGCGGGCCGAGCGGCGCGGUAGAGAGGGCGGCGGCGGCGCGCGCGGAGCCCUGACGUGCCCCUUUCUUUCUUCUCUCUCCGGGAACCCGGGCAGCAUGAGCGCGCAGACCCGCCGCUGCGGCGGCCGCCCCGGCUCCUCGCCUCCCCCUCGUCGGGCCGCCCCUCGCCGGUGAGAGAAGAGAGCGCGAGACGGGAAGAUGGGGGCCGUGCUGAGGAGCCUCCUGGCCUGCAGUUUCUGUGUGCUCCUGAGAGCGGCCCCUUUGUUGCUUUAUGCAAACAGACGGGACUUGCGAUUGGUUGAUGCUACAAACAGCAAAGAGAAUGCUACAAUUGUAGUUGGAGGCUUGGAGGAUGCAGCUGCGGUGGACUUCGUGUUUGGUCAUGGCUUGAUAUACUGGAGUGAUGUCAGCGAAGAAGCCAUUAAACGAACAGAGUUUAACAAAACUGAGAGUGUACAGAAUGUUGUUGUUUCUGGAUUAUUGUCACCGGAUGGGCUGGCUUGCGAUUGGCUUGGAGAAAAAUUAUACUGGACAGAUUCUGAAACUAAUCGAAUUGAAGUGUCUAAUUUAGAUGGAUCUUUACGAAAAGUUUUAUUUUGGCAAGAGUUGGAUCAACCCAGAGCUAUUGCCUUAGAUCCUUCAAGUGGGUUCAUGUACUGGACAGACUGGGGAGAAGUGCCAAAGAUUGAACGCGCUGGAAUGGAUGGUUCAAGUCGCUUCAUUAUAAUAAACACUGAAAUUUACUGGCCAAAUGGACUGACUUUGGAUUAUGAGGAGCAGAAGCUUUAUUGGGCAGAUGCAAAGCUUAAUUUCAUACACAAAUCAAAUCUAGAUGGAACAAAUCGGCAGGCAGUGGUUAAAGGUUCCCUUCCACAUCCUUUUGCCUUGACUUUAUUUGAGGACACAUUGUACUGGACUGACUGGAACACACACUCCAUUUUGGCUUGCAACAAGUACACUGGCGAGGGUCUGCGUGAAAUCCAUUCUAACAUCUUUUCUCCCAUGGAUAUACAUGCCUUCAGCCAACAGAGGCAGCCAAAUGCUACAAAUCCAUGUGGAAAUAAUAAUGGUGGUUGUUCCCACUUGUGUUUGAUGUCUCCAGUCAAGCCUUUUUAUCAGUGUGCUUGCCCAACGGGGGUCAAACUCCUGGAGAAUGGAAAAACCUGCAAAGAUGGCGCCACUGAAUUACUGCUCUUAGCCCGAAGGACAGACUUGAGACGCAUUUCUUUGGAUACACCAGACUUCACAGACAUUGUUCUGCAGUUAGAAGAUAUCCGUCAUGCUAUUGCCAUCGAUUAUGAUCCUGUGGAAGGCUAUAUCUACUGGACUGAUGAUGAAGUGAGGGCCAUACGCCGCUCAUUCAUAGAUGGAUCUGGCAGUCAAUUUGUAGUCACUGCUCAAAUUGCGCAUCCUGAUGGUAUUGCUGUUGACUGGGUUGCCCGAAAUCUUUAUUGGACAGAUACUGGCACUGAUCGAAUUGAAGUGACAAGGCUCAAUGGGACCAUGAGGAAGAUCUUGAUUUCAGAGGACUUAGAGGAACCCCGGGCUAUUGUGUUAGAUCCCAUGGUUGGGUACAUGUAUUGGACUGACUGGGGAGAAAUUCCGAAAAUUGAGCGAGCAGCUCUGGAUGGUUCUGACCGAGUAGUGUUGGUUAACACUUCUCUUGGUUGGCCAAAUGGUUUAGCCUUGGAUUAUGAUGAAGGCAAAAUAUACUGGGGAGAUGCCAAGACAGACAAAAUUGAGGUUAUGAAUACUGAUGGUACUGGGAGACGAGUACUGGUGGAAGACAAAAUUCCUCACAUAUUUGGGUUUACUUUGUUGGGUGACUAUGUCUACUGGACUGACUGGCAGAGGCGUAGCAUUGAAAGAGUACACAAAAGAAGUGCAGAGAGGGAGAUCAUCAUAGAUCAGCUACCAGACCUCAUGGGCCUCAAGGCCACAAAUGUUCAUCGAAUUAUUGGUACCAACCCUUGUGCAGAAGAAAAUGGGGGAUGUAGCCAUCUCUGCCUCUAUAGACCUCAGGGCCUUCGCUGUGCCUGCCCCAUUGGCUUUGAACUCAUCAGUGACAUGAAGACCUGCAUUGUGCCUGAGGCUUUCCUUUUGUUUUCACGGAGGGCAGAUAUCAGGCGAAUUUCUUUGGAAACUAACAAUAAUAAUGUGGCCAUUCCGCUCACUGGUGUCAAAGAAGCUUCUGCUUUGGAUUUUGAUGUGACAGACAACCGAAUUUACUGGACUGAUAUAUCGCUCAAGACCAUCAGCAGAGCCUUUAUGAAUGGCAGUGCACUGGAACAUGUAGUAGAAUUUGGCUUAGAUUAUCCAGAGGGCAUGGCGGUAGACUGGCUUGGAAAGAACCUGUACUGGGCAGACACAGGAACAAAUCGAAUCGAGGUGUCAAAAUUGGAUGGGCAACACCGACAAGUUUUGGUGUGGAAAGACCUAGAUAGUCCCAGAGCUCUUGCAUUGGACCCUGCAGAAGGAUUUAUGUAUUGGACUGAAUGGGGUGGAAAACCUAAGAUAGACAGAGCUGCUAUGGAUGGAAGUGAACGUACUACGUUAGUUCCAAAUGUGGGCCGGGCAAAUGGCCUGACUAUUGAUUAUGCUAAAAGGAGGCUUUAUUGGACAGACCUGGACACCAACUUAAUAGAAUCUUCAAAUAUGCUUGGACUCAACCGUGAAGUUAUAGCAGAUGACUUGCCUCAUCCUUUUGGCUUAACUCAGUACCAAGAUUACAUCUACUGGACGGACUGGAGCCGACGCAGCAUUGAGCGUGCCAACAAAACCAGUGGCCAAAACCGCACCAUCAUUCAGGGCCAUUUGGAUUAUGUGAUGGACAUCCUCGUCUUUCAUUCCUCUCGGCAGGCAGGGUGGAAUGAGUGUGCUUCCAGCAAUGGGCAUUGCUCCCACCUCUGCUUGGCUGUGCCAGUUGGAGGUUUUGUUUGUGGAUGCCCUGCCCACUACUCUCUUAAUGCUGACAACAGGACUUGUAGUGCUCCAACUACUUUCCUGCUCUUCAGUCAAAAGAGCGCCAUCAACCGCAUGGUGAUUGAUGAACAGCAGAGUCCUGACAUCAUCCUUCCUAUCCAUAGCCUUCGGAAUGUCCGGGCCAUUGACUAUGACCCACUAGACAAGCAACUAUAUUGGAUUGAUUCACGGCAAAACAUGAUCCGAAAAGCACAAGAAGAUGGCAGCCAGGGUCUUACUGUUGUUGUGAGCUCUGUUCCGAACCAGAACCUAGAAAUACAGCCCUAUGACCUCAGCAUUGAUAUUUAUAGCCGAUACAUCUACUGGACUUGUGAGGCCACUAAUGUCAUUAAUGUAACAAGAUUAGAUGGGAGAUCAAUUGGAGUGGUGCUGAAAGGAGAACAAGACAGACCUCGAGCCAUUGUGGUAAACCCAGAGAAAGGGUAUAUGUAUUUUACCAAUCUUCAGGAAAGGUCUCCCAAAAUUGAACGAGCUGCUUUGGAUGGAACAGAACGGGAGGUCCUCUUUUUCAGUGGCUUAAGUAAACCAGUUGCUUUGGCUCUUGAUAGCAGAUUGGGCAAGCUCUUUUGGGCUGAUUCAGAUCUCCGCCGAAUUGAAAGUAGUGAUCUUUCAGGUGCCAACCGAAUAGUGUUAGAAGACUCCAAUAUUUUGCAGCCAGUGGGACUGACUGUGUUUGAAAACUGGCUAUAUUGGAUUGAUAAACAGCAGCAAAUGAUUGAAAAAAUUGACAUGACAGGUCGAGAGGGUAGAACCAAAGUCCAGGCUCGAAUUGCCCAGCUUAGUGACAUUCAUGCAGUGAAAGAACUGAAUCUUCAGGAAUACAGACAACAUCCUUGUGCUCAGGAUAAUGGUGGCUGUUCACAUAUUUGCCUUGUAAAAGGAGAUGGUACUACAAGGUGCUCUUGCCCUAUGCACUUGGUUCUGCUUCAAGAUGAGCUAUCAUGUGGAGAACCCCCAACAUGUUCUCCGCAGCAGUUUACUUGUUUCACGGGGGAAAUUGACUGUAUCCCUGUGGCUUGGAGGUGCGAUGGGUUUACUGAAUGUGAAGACCACAGUGAUGAGCUAAAUUGUCCUGUCUGCUCAGAGUCCCAGUUCCAGUGUGCCAGCGGGCAGUGUAUCGACGGUGCCCUCCGAUGCAAUGGAGAUGCAAACUGUCAGGAUAAAUCAGAUGAGAAGAACUGUGAAGUGCUUUGUUUAAUUGAUCAGUUCCGCUGUGCCAAUGGGCAGUGCAUUGGAAAACACAAGAAAUGUGAUCAUAACGUGGAUUGCAGUGAUAAAUCAGAUGAACUGGAUUGUUACCCAACUGAGGAGCCAGCACCACAGGCCACCAAUACAGUUGGCUCAGUUAUUGGAGUAAUUGUCACCAUUUUUGUAUCUGGAACCAUAUACUUUAUCUGCCAGAGGAUGUUGUGUCCACGUAUGAAGGGAGAUGGGGAAACCAUGACUAAUGACUAUGUAGUUCAUGGACCAGCUUCUGUGCCCCUUGGUUAUGUGCCACACCCAAGUUCUUUGUCAGGAUCUCUUCCAGGAAUGUCUCGGGGUAAAUCAAUGAUCAGUUCUCUCAGUAUCAUGGGGGGAAGCAGUGGACCCCCUUAUGACCGAGCUCAUGUCACAGGAGCAUCAUCAAGUAGUUCUUCAAGCACCAAAGGCACUUAUUUCCCUGCGAUUUUGAAUCCUCCACCAUCCCCAGCCACAGAGCGAUCACAUUAUACUAUGGAAUUUGGUUAUUCUUCAAAUAGCCCUUCCACUCAUAGGUCCUACAGCUACAGGCCAUACAGUUACCGGCACUUUGCUCCCCCCACCACACCCUGCAGCACAGAUGUGUGUGACAGUGACUAUGCUCCCAGCCGGAGAAUGACCUCCGUGGCGACAGCCAAGGGCUACACGAGUGACUUGAACUAUGACUCAGAGCCUGUGCCGCCACCUCCCACACCGCGAAGCCAGUACUUGUCAGCAGAAGAGAACUAUGAAAGCUGCCCACCUUCUCCAUACACAGAGAGGAGCUACUCGCAUCACCUCUACCCACCACCACCCUCUCCCUGUACAGACUCCUCCUGAGGAGGGGCCCUCCUCCUCUGACUGCCUCCAACACAAAAAUGUAAAUACAAAUUUGGUUGAGAUCUGGAGGGGGGGAGGGAGCUAUUAGAGAAGGGUGAGGCAGACCAUGUACAGUUAAAAAUUAUAAAUGGGGUAGGGAAUACUGGAGAUAUUUGUACAGAAGAAAAGGAUAUUUAUAUAUUUUCUUAAAACAGCAAAUUUGCUGCUUGUGCCAUAAAAAUUUGUAUAAAAAAUAAAUUUGUACUAAAAGUUUUAUUUUUACAAAACUAAAUACACAAAGCAUGCCUUAAACCCAGUGAAGUGACUGAGUACAGAGGAAACAGGAAUAAUAAAGGCAUCACUGACCAGGAAUGUCUGGCCGUUUUUGAUACCAAAAACCACACGACAACAACAAACCCAAGAAACAACAAAGUAGUACUGGGAGAAGAAAGUGUCCAUCUCAGAGCAGCAAACCAUAAUACUUGGAAGUAGCCAAAAAGCCUUCAUGUUAAUUUACAUUUGAGGGCAAUUAUGUCUAAGAAAUCAUGAGAAGAAAAAAAAGAAAUAAUGCUAAACUCAGACAAAGGGCUUUGUUUUCUCUAGGAAUCCCAACAAUUUUAGUGAGGAAGGCAGAGGUGUUGCUAUUGUGGGAGAGAUCAGCUGUCUGGUAAGAGGCUGGGGGCCGUUUCUAUGUGCAAGUCUUCUGUCCCUGCUGUAGAGCCCACACCUCUGUCAAAAAAGGAUUGUUUCCUUUAGGUGUUUCCAUCUUGCUUCCUCCCCUGGCAGCUUUGAAGAUAGGACUUAGUCAAGGUUUUUCUUUUGAGGAUUGAUUAGACGGAAUUUCCUAAAUUAAGGUUUCAUUUUAAUUUUCCUACUAACUCCAUUACCCAGUAGGUUCAGCUCUUCAGUGUCACUGCUGUUUUGCAUAAUGGUCAAAGGUUAGACAUAUUAUUGCUCCUCUUUACUUCCAAGAUUGUUCUAAUGCUCAUUAAAAUGUCUUUUUACAAUACAUAUAGACGUUUAAGAAUUAUAAAUUUAACUGUUGUUUUUUAUGUAAAUUAAUCAUAUAUCCUUGCAGUACUUUCAGCAUAUAAUAUCACAAUAUGAAAUCAUUUUUAUAUAUUUUUCGCCUAGUAAAACUUUUAAAUAUGUUCUUGUUAGAGGCAAUCUAUUUAAAAAGAGAUUUUAUUGUAUCAUUAGGUUUUCCCUUUAUUAACUAUUUUUGACAUUUUCAUGUUCUUAGGCCAAUUUUUUCUCCAAAUGAUGUCUACAUACAUACCUCUUCUAAUGUGUGACAUGAGUUUAAUAUCUUUCUGUUACCCACUGUGAAUGUUAGUUUUCAGAUUUCCACAGAUUCUCCUUAUAAUGGCCUCAUAUAUUUUUAUGUGUGCUCUCUCUUUAUCUCAUUAUGGAAUAGAUAAUUUAAACAAAUUUAACAAUAGAGAUUGAAGGUAAAGGCAAACUGUUAACUUCUCAGCUGUCAGAACUUGGGUGGACGGAAUAAUGGAAGGCUCUGUGUGAGCUGCCUGAGUGCACAGUUCCAGGGCUGCUACAUCUUCAGCUCUCAGGGUGCAGUGAUUCCAGCACUUCUCUGCCACCCUGUCAGAAAUUCAUUUCCUGCUAUUUACAAGUUUCCAGCACUUCUCUGCUAAAAUUGAAUGUGUUUUUGAACUAAUGUAUUUUUACCUUAACAGAUGUUGAUCAGUUAAUUGUUGAAUGUGUAUGUGUGUAUUUUGUUUUUUUGUAUUCUGUGUUGCUGAGGCCUUUCUGGAUUUCAGGGCCCAAGAGAAAACAACAGAAGGAUUUAGACUUUUGGCAGACGUGAAGUAACUAAGCAGUUGAAUACCUAAACAGACUUUUCAGAGUGGAGAAAACGGGGUUUUAGAUUGUGGGGACACCAUCAGGUGCACUUGAUUUUGCAUAUAAAUAAAUGGUAAUCCAUCAGUGUCUUGCAUUUCAGUCAGACAAGCAUUAACUCCUCCUGUUGACUGAACGAAGUGCUCUCCUCACAGUCUUAACAUAAACGGACAUGGAAAGUUGUGUUCUGGGACACAUGGGGGCCCUUGAUGCUAAAUGAAGAUGGAUAGCUCAGCAAUAACUGGGUAUCGGCUAGAAUUUGAGAAUUCUCUAUGUUUACAUUUUUUGAUGUGCAUCUUUCUCUGGUGGGCUUUAUCUGAUGUGCACUAUAAUGAACUCAGAAGAUUAUCGUCUGUGAUAUCUCAGUCCAAGUGCUUAUACUGCAAUGGCAGUGGCCUCUUCUUGCAAGAUACUAAUUUGUGUGCCAAUUUGUUUGAAAUUAUUUGAAGGCAGUUCAGCUUAAACUCAAUCCUCUUUCGGGGGUAGUUGAGAUGGAUUCUUAUUUGGGGAGUACCUUUAAAUGACAGAAUUGUCAAAAUUUAGGAGGGAGUUAUUGACCCUUAGGUUACAUGGACAGUUAAGCUUCAGUAAACUAUCUUGAUAAUUAAACAAAGAACUUUAUUUGGAGAAACUGAAAAUUAAAAACUUAAAUAUUUGAGAACUUAAAAUGGGGGGAAUGAAAGUUUAAAUUUGGUGUAUUGCUCCAUUAAUUAUCCGAGAGAGAAAAAUGAGUAAAAUGUCAUUACGUUCCUUAAAUACAAAAGUAUUUCAUUUGAACCUUUGUCUUAAAGCAUGCUCACUUAAAAUGAUCUGAGAAAUGAAGUUCACGAUGGCAAACUUUUCUGUGCACUACAGCAAGCUAUUAUUCUCUGUUGAAAUAAUCUUUUAUAACUGAGCUUUUACAACUUUGGAGUUGGCUCCUGCAGAGCCCUGGUCUUCUGAACAGUGGCCCAAGGGAUUUUGCUGCUUAAAUUAGAUAAUGGUGUAUGCACAUUUUCUCAAUAUUAACUUCUUCUUUCAUGAAAUUUUAUUGUGCCUUUGAUGUUUGUUUGCCCUCUGUAGUAGUCUGUCACAUCUGUAACAGAAAAUUACAGUUAAUUUAAAUGGGAAAAUACUUCGUGAUAUAUCACCAAGAAAUAUCUGACCCUGUGAUAAUUUGAGAAAAACUGUCUUCAAGGAAUGAUAAGUACUUACAAAUGAAAACUAUAGUGUAUUUUCAUCUAGUAUAGACUAGUAAUUUAGGAGGCCUUGAGCAGUUCAGUUUUAUGAGUAUUCAUCUUUAAAAAUAUUCUGAAGUCAUUAAUUUGUCUAAGACCAACUCAAUAUUAAGAUUAAAAAGAGAGCCACCGUCUGUAUCAGGUAGUGAUUAAUUUGGGGGGUUGGGGGUAAUCCCUGUUUUACUGCAAAGCCCCAUCAGUGAAGAAUUUGAAUAGAGUUAGCGUCUGUGGCUUACCUCAGCUAUUACUGGAUGGUAUUGCUUCUGUUACCUGAGAUGACUGCUGGAGCCAGAGGGGCUUGUCUUAAGCAAGUCGGCUGCUCUGGAACAGAGGUGCUGCUCUUUCAGUGUCUCAUCCUGUGCCUAGAUUGGAUUCUUAGAAAUGUCUUUUUAAAAGUUGUCUCAUUUUUAACAAGGGAAGCCUUGCCACUUCAUUGAUUGGCCUGCCACAAGAGCUACGUAUGUUUGUAUUACAUACCUAACAGGGCUCAGAAACAAAAAUCUUGGACUUUUCACACUCCAAAUGUGUUGUGAUUUGAAUAAAUGCUGUGCUUCCGAGUGUGGAGAGGCACAUACAGUAUGGAGUGUGGACAUGAGUAUUGAUUGUAUCAGCUGAUCAAGAAAUGUUUGGGCAUCACAAAUGAGCCCACACUGGGUGAUGACGUGGAAUGCAUCAGAAAGACGUGGAAUGCAUCAGAAAGACGUUUCUAACCAAAAAGUUUAAAACGUUCUCAGAAUUCUUAAGCUCAAGAAAUUUCAUUUGUUAUUUCUUUCCUUAUCUCAAUCCUAAAAUGAGCCAAGAGAAUUAACAGAUAAAUUUAGAAAGUACUGGCAGUGCAUGUGUGUUUUCUGAUUUCUGGGGUGGCAUCAUUUCAUAAUCUCAAAAUUAACUUUUGGAAUUCUCGAAGUUUUAAAGGAUUUAGAUGUAAAAUUUUACAUUUAUAAUCUGAAACAAUUUUAAAUAAUGAGCAUUGUGAAUCCAUGUCCUCAGGAUAUUCAUUAGACUUUGUCUUUAUCUAGAGGGGAGGGAGCAGGGGGCUAGUUUAAUUUAGAAUGAAAUACUACCUUCACCUCCCUUCAGUUGUUAAACUUGACACACUAUUUCUCUGUCUUAAGGCAUUCUUAAACUAUUCCUAAGUUUAUUUUGAAAAUAAUCCUCAUGGCUUUACAAAUAGAAUUGUAAACUAAGUGAUUUCUUGUAUUCAGAAGUGGAGUCUAAACCCAGCAAAAACUAGCUUUUAGAUUUCCCACCAUUAUUUAGUGUGUUCCCCAAAAUUAACGCCAAAGAAUUAGACUGUGUGCUUUUGCUUAACUGUCCAUUUUUGUUGUCCCAUGAACAAACAGGAAUAUAUAUAUAUUAUAUAUAUGCCAAAACAUGAAUAUGAAAAGGAAACUGGAGCAAAGAAAUUCAGAUUACAUCUAAUGCUCCCUGUAUGUAUCUAGAGGGUUAGUAAGGAAAAUUCAAAAAGAGUAAAGAGCUUGCCAAGGAGCUUAAGCUGAACUGACCUUAUUUGCAAGUGAAGGAUCUGGUGCUGCUUUCAGAUGUUUCUUCUUUGUGUUUUAAAAUUUUUCUUAAGCUUUAAACUUUGUCAUUGUCUUAAAGUCAGCUGGUGUUUCUUGUUCUUGGACUUUGGUACGACGGUGCUUUGCAAGGAUGUAUUUAUAUUUUAAUGGCCAACAUUUGGUCAGCCCUUGUCCACUAUUCACUUCCCCUUUUUGUAAAAUAAGUGCUUUAAUUGUAAACUGUAUAAAAACACCUUGUAUAAACCCCCAUUUUGAUUAUUACAAUAAGCUGAGCUGUAACAAAUGAAAUGUUGAUUUUUAUAAUAAAACAGUGGAAAAAUAAAAGAGUGUUGUUUCUUUUCAAC